ACGUCAUGGCCGCAGUUUUAACCUUCAGCCGAAGAAGAGGCGGAGCCGCGUCUCUGUCUGUGAUUGGACAGCAGCGCAGCACGUGGCUGAAGCUCGUCACACCGGAAGUGUGACCUGUGCGUCGCUGCAGAGCGGAGACACACCGACACAAAAUGGCUUCCUACUUUGACGAACACGACUGCGAGCCGACCAACCCGGAGGAGCAGUACCGCCAGAACGCCCUGCUCGAACUCGCCAGGUCUCUCAUGCAGGGUUUGGACCUCUUCGACUCGGGGCCGUUCGACCUGUCGGACUGGGACCAGCGGCUUCCUCCUCCGGCCGCCAAGACCGCCGUGCAGACGCUCACCGUGGUCGUGGUCUCCGCGGAGCAGGCGGACAAAGGCCUGAAGUGUCCGGUGUGUCUGCUGGAGUUCGAGGAGCAGGAGACGGUUCGAGAGAUGCCGUGUAAACACCUGUUCCACUCCGGCUGCAUCCUGCCGUGGUUGGGGAAGACGAACUCCUGUCCGCUCUGCCGCCUCGAGUUACCGACGGACAACCCGGAGUACGAAGAGUUCAAGAAAGACAAGGAGAGACGGAAACAGCGAGAGCACCGGCUGGAAGAUCUGCACGGAGCCAUGUACACAUGACCACGACCACGACCACGCCGGAGACACGGGGACAUUUCAACGCCUCAGGAGACGCCGCGUUCACGACAAACUCACCGCAGAGACGCCGUGACAUGAAAUCAAACGUAAAAUAAAAAGAAUCUGUGCCGAGCUGGUGUGAGCGCAGCGGAAACAAGAUCGUUAGAAAUGUUUGAAUAUUUUAGUCGUUUUACAUUUCUGAGCUUUAAACGCACAAAAAAAAAAAAAACUGCUAAAAAAAAUGAAUCAUUCAAAGUUUAAAU